ACGCUCCCCAUUUUUAGAAGUCACAUGUGAAAACAAUUUUGUUGUGAAAAAACAAUCACUUUGAACAUUUUACUCUAUUUUGAAAUAGUUUAAUCAAGAUGUUUCUCAAUCUAGUGACCAAAUCACUGAGAAACAGUUCUAUUACAAUUCAUUCUAAUCAAUUUACUUGUGCGAAAGUUUUAAUUCCUAGGAUAGGAUGUCUUCUUGCUCCACCAUCUAAUGACAACUUUUUACAGACUCGGAGUUAUGCUGCCCGUAAAGGUACCAGAAUUAAGAGAGCUAUGGAGGCUAAAAAAAGGGCUUUAGCUCGAAAAAUGUUACCUAAACCAGAAAAAAGGAAAUUCACUGCUGGAUCAUCUGCUCAGCGUAUUCAAGUAUUACGCUCUGAUCCUACAGGUAAACCUUUACCUCCUGAUGAUGUAUAUUUCACUGAGGGUUUUACUGUUCCGAGUUAUUCAAUUUCUGAUGCUCUUAGCAUGCACCGAGAAACACACUCAUCAACUAUUUUUGGCUUGGAAUCCAACCUUUUACAUGCCCGUAUUGAAGUUUAUAUGAAAGCAAAGAGAAAGACCAAAUUUAUAGAUGGCUUUUCGUCAACUGUCACUUAUCCAUUUCCAUUUCCCUUGCAAAGGCGAAGUCGAAUUAUAGCAAUUGCCAAAACUGUGGAGGAACAAGAAGCUGCUAAAGCUGCUGGUGCUAUUUUGGCCGGUGGAGAUGAUAUAAUUAGAAAUAUCAAAUCUGGUUUAGUUUCUUCUAUUGAUUACGAGCAUCUCGUAUGUCAUACAGACAUGUUGAUUCCAUUAACCGCAGUUAGAGGCUUGAUUGGCGAUAAUUUCCCCAGCAAAAGCAAAGGAAACUUCGGAACUGAUAUUGUCGCAUUAGUUAAAAAAUUUGCCGAAGGUUAUGACUAUCAAUGCAAAAAAAAUAUUUCUCAGGACAAUUUUGGCUAUAUUGAUCUUGCUAUCGGUACAUUAAAUAUGGAGGAUGACAAGUUAGCAGCUAAUUUAUUGGCCCUUAUUACAGAUUCAGAAAGGCAUCGUCCAUCUGAUGCUCCAGGUCAAUUUCCCGAAACUGUCUGGCUUAUAUCACCAGAAACCGAAGAAAAAUUUAAAAUUAAAUUUUGGGAGCUUUCUGAUAAAUACGUUGAUAUUUUCGAAUCAGAUAAAUAUAAAGAUCAAGUAGAGGCCAUUUUGAAAACAGUGAAAGCUGAAACAAGUGCAAAAGUUUAGUUAUUGAAUAGUCAUCUGUAAAAUAAGAUAGCUUUAAUAAAUUUUGUUCACAGUUAUUAUAAAAUAAAUAGCAUUAAACCAAAUUUAACAGACAA